CUUCAAAUUUGUACUACUUCAUCUUCUCAACUAAUAAUUCAAGACUAAAUGGCAGAAGCUAUCAUGGGCUUCACCAUUACUAGUCCACAUAUUCACAGCUCUUCACUCCAAACAACAAAAGUGGAUAUCACCCACAUGACCUCAUCUACAAGAUUGCUUAGGCAGUGUUCAAGUUCUGAGCUUUUCGGUGGGUGCAAGCAGCUUGAAGUUGGGAAGAAGAGCAAAAGAUCCCCUCUGAGCAGAACCAAUGCUUUCCCAGAUUGGCCUCUAAUGGCAGUUCUAGUGGAGCAUAUUGAAGGCCAAAGAGACUUUAUAACCCACAAAUCCAUUGUGCAUCUCAGUGAUGACUCCAUAAAAAGUGUUUAUACUGCUUACAUCAUGUUCACUGUUUGGGGGUGUUUGUUCUUUGGUUCCAUGAAGGAUCCAUAUUAUGAUUCAGAAGUGUACAGAGAAGAUGGAGGAGAUGGUACUGGACAUUGGAUAUAUGAGAAGCAAGAAGACAUUGAAGAAUCUGCAAGAUCAGAGUUGUGGAGGGAAGAACUGAUUGAGGAGAUAGAGCAGAAAGUUGGAGGGCUGAGAGAGUUGGAAGAGGCUGCUAAGAAGGAGGAGCAGCUUGUGAAGUAGCUUAGUCAUUGGUUUCUUAUGAAUUUGCUGAUGAAUACUUCUUCAGUGUUUCACUCUUAUAAAUAUCCAGAUGUUGUAUAUACUAAUACCAUAUUGAAGGUUCGAUCUCAUUGAUGAGUUGGAAAAACAAACGUAACUACUACUCUGCUAGUGUAUGUGUCUCUGGAAAGAGG